AUGUCGACCUCAACAACCUCACUCGCCUUUCCAGACCUCGACAAGACCUCGACGCCGGGCUCCUCGGGGUGUCCUUCGCCCGCUGAGACUGUUGUAGAGGUCCAGCCGACCAAGGAGGAGUACCCACCCAGGCGCACCCAGUACAAGGUCCUGCUUAUCCUUAUGCUCUCAUACUUCAUUGACGUGCUCUCCGCAUCCGCAUUCACCGUUUUCGCAGCACCAAUCACCACCUCUCUCGGCGUGGUAUUCGAGCAGCAGAGCUGGAUCAUUACUUCCUAUUCUCUCACAUUCGCCUCCUUCCUGCUCUUCUGGGGACGCGUGUCCGACUUGUACUCGGCCUCUGCCGUGUUCCAGUACGGCUUCUUGGCGUUCGGCACCCUCUCGCUCGUUCUGAGCUUCAUUACGGACAAGUACGCCUUCUUCCUUCUUCGAGCUUUGGCUGGCAUCGCUGGAUCAUCGCUCGUGCCAUCCGCAUACCGUCUCAUCGCCGCAACAUUCCCCGAGGGACGCGAACGCGCCCGCGCGUACACUCUCUAUGGCAUGACUGGCAGCAUGGCCAACUCCCUUGGCACAGUGCUCGCCGGCGUCGUCGGCCUCAUUGACAAGCCGGGCCAAAUGGAGGGCUGGCGCUGGUUCUUCCGUAUCACCGCGGCGCUCGCAAUUCCUGUCGGCAUCGCCUCGCUCUUGUUGAUCCCCAAGCGCGCGUCCCAGGAGAAGGAGGAGCACAGGCUGAGGCGACUCGAUAUGCCGGGUGUCCUGGUCAUGCUCACUGCUGUCUUGUGCCUCAUCCUCGCCCUCACACUCGGUGCGACGUACGGGUGGAAGAGUCCCGGCUUUAUCGCGCCCCUCAUCAUCUCGGCCAUUGCGUUCCCAUCCUUCUUCUUGUGGGAGACUCGCCUGGACGACACGCACGCCAUCCUGCCGUCUAGCCUGUGGAAGGUACCCAACUUUGCCGUCUUCCUGGUCUUUGGCCUGGUCAUCUUGGGAUGGUGGUCAUCCAACUUUCUUCCGUUCAUCCAGAUGUUUGUCCUGGGUGGCGACAGCAUGGUCCGCGCUUCUGCUCGCACCCUGCCAGAAGGGGGAGCGGCCAUGGUGUGCAGCAUUGUCAUGAUCAUCUUUCCCAACAUCAUCACAAACCCUCGGUGGCCCAUCUUCAUUGCCAUGCUCCUCGUGGCAGGUGCAAGCCUUCUCUGGACGUUUGCACCCGAGGUAGUUGGUCGCGGGUACUGGACACACGUGUUCCCUGGCAUGAUCUUUGGUUCUGCCGGCAUGCAGGUUUCGCUCAUCUCUACGCUUGUGGGUGUGAUGGCAGCUUGCCCAACCAACAUGGCCGGCGUGGUCGGCGCGGCGCUCCAGACGGCCAUGCACACUUCUUCUGUUGUGGCGCUCUCGAUCCAAUCCGGCAUGUUGACCACUGCCCCUGGCGGUCUCAAGAACCUCACCAACUUCCGUGCCAGCAUGUACUUUGAGCUUGGGUGGGUGUUGCUGUGGCUCGUCGGUUUCAUGGUGUUCUAUCGGCGCGUGGAUCCAAAAUCCAGCAACGUCGAAACUGCAGGAGAGAAGGUAUAG